AUGGGUGUUUCCCUCUGGUAUUACUCACGUCCUUUCACUCCUCUGAUCGCUGCACAUGCUGUUCCAGGGACUCAACAGAACAGACCCACUGCAGUUAUGCUCAUCUUUACAUCAGCUACAAACGCUCAGCUGAAUCGAGCAGCCGUGCACCUCGAGAGUGAGAAUUUGGAGAAGGAAAACGCGGCGCUCAGGAAAGAGGUGAAAAGACUCACAGAAGAGGCCAAAUAUCUGUCCACGGUCCUGAGCAAUCAUGAGCCGCUGUGCACGGGCCUGAGCGGUGCAUCCACUGAGCUGCUGUAUGGCGCGCACCACGGCGCGUUUCACCAGCAUAUCAGCCUGGUGGCGAAUCUGAUGCUGUAUUUUGCUGCUGUGCUGGUGGGCGUGAUGUCAUAUUUCAUGGCCGACCGUAAGUACCGCACGGCGUUCCUCGAGGCCAAGCAAUCUCUGGAAGUCAGUCUUACGCUGAAGGAACAGAGUCAACAACAGGAGGAAUUGCUGUUGUCCAUCUUGCCGAAGCACAUAGCAGAUGAGAUGCUUCAGGGCAUGAAGAAAGAAGCCAAUCAGAAAUCAGAUGCACAGCAGUUCAACACCAUGUACAUGUACCGCCACGAAAACGUCAGUAUCCUUUUCGCAGACAUUGUAGGUUUUACACAGCUGUCUUCUGCCGUGACUCCAAAAGAACUUGUCAAACUACUCAACGAACUCUUUGCUCGCUUCGACAAACUAGCAGCACAACACCACCAGCUGAGGAUCAAGAUUCUGGGAGACUGUUAUUACUGUAUCUGCGGUUUGCCAGAUUAUCGUGAAGAUCAUGCGGUCUGCUCCAUUAUGAUGGGCCUGUCUAUGGUGGAAGCCAUCUCAUAUGUGCGUGAAAAAACUCAGACAGAAGUGGACAUGCGUGUAGGUGUGCACACGGGUACCGUACUUGGUGGAGUCCUGGGACAGAAGCGCUGGCAGUUUGAUGUCUGGUCCACUGAUGUUACUGUGGCAAACAAGAUGGAGUCAGGAGGCAUCCCAGGGCGUGUGCACAUCUCUCAGAACACGAAGGACUGUUUGCACAGUGAGUUUGAGCUGGAGGAGGGCAAUGGAGGAGAGCGCUGCGAGUACCUUCUGGAGAAAGGCAUCGACACGUAUCUGGUGCUCGUGUCCAAAGACACUCCCAAAACAAACGGAGUGACCAACGGCACAGUGAUCAACACCACAAAACCCAGCGGCAGCUACACAUCAGUAAAGAACAUACCUGAGGAGUCAGAGACACAGCAGCUGCAGUUGGCCAAUAUGACCGAUAAAGGGAUGGAGGACGAGCAUCUGAACCAACUGCUGAAUAAAACUCUGCUGGAGAGAGAGACAAAAGAGACUCUGGAGGAGAGGAAGACGUCGGUUCUGUCUCUGAGGUUUGAGGACUCUGAUCUGGAGUCUCGUUACUCAGCAGAGAAGGAGAGACGGACGGGUGUUGCGUUCAGCUGUUGUUGUGUCGUUCUGAUCUUCACCUCAGUCAUGGAAAUUCUCAUCGACCCACAGCUGAUUGUGAAUUAUGUGACUCUAGCUGUUGGUGAGCUGUUACUGCUGAUUCUGACUCUGUGUUCACUAGCAGCUAUCUUUCCUCGAGUCUUCCCCCAGAGGCUGGUGUCUUUCUCACAGUGGAUCGACCGCACACGCUGGGCUCGUAACACAUGGGCCAUGGCUGCCAUAUUUGUUCUGACCAUGGCUGAGGUGGCCGAUAUGCUGAGCUGUAUUCGGCCCCCUCUCGUGCUGCUGAACUCCUCGUCCGGCGUGACGCUCGAGUCUCUGGGUGACGGCGGAUGCGCUGAGAACCCCAAACACUACGGAUACAUAUCAGUGCUGUCGCUCGUGGCAACCGUCAUGCUCGUACAGCUCAGCCAUGUGGUCAAGCUGGCGCUUAUGCUGUUGGUUACCAUAGCAACAGGUGCCGUAAACAUCCACAGCUGGAUGUACAUUUACGACAUCUACGAUUUCAUUCGCUACCUGGACUACAGUUAUUCAGUGGUUCCCACCAGAUAUCUGCUGACUGUGAUGAUUAUCAUCAUGAUGAUGAGUUUCUACUACUUUGCACGUCACGUGGAAAGACAGUCGCGUAAACUGUUUCUGUGGAAGAUUGAGGUUCACGAUCAGAAGGAGAAAGUGUAUGAAAUGAGAACGUACAACGAGGCGCUGGUCACUAACAUGCUUCCUGAACACGUGGCCAAACACUUCCUGGGCUCCAAGAUGCGAGAUGAGGAACUUUACAGUCAGUCGUAUGAUGAGAUCGGCGUGAUGUUCGCCUCUAUUCCCAACUUCUCUGACUUUUACACGGAGGAGGGUAUAAACAAUGGAGGGAUAGAAUGCCUCCGAAUCCUGAAUGAGAUAAUCUCUGACUUUGACAGUCUUCUGGAUCGCACAGAGUUUCGCCACAUUACGAAGAUCAAGACCAUCGGCAGCACAUACAUGGCUGCAUCAGGCGUGACGCCGGAGAGCAACACUAACGGAUACGCUGACCGCAAGAUAGAGGAUCAGUCCAUCCUGGAGCGCUGGCAACACUUCGCUGAUUUGGCAGACUUUGCACUGGCUAUGAAAGUCACACUUGGAAACCUAAACAAACAGUCGUUCAAUAACUUCAUGCUGCGCAUAGGUCUGAAUAAGGGGGGGGUGUUAGCUGGAGUGAUUGGCGCUCGCAAACCUCAUUUCGAUAUUUGGGGAAACACUGUAAAUGUGGCCAGUCGUAUGGAGUCCACUGGGGUUAUGGGUAACAUUCAGGUGGUGGAGGACUGCUAUAACAUCCUGAAGGAGUACGGUUUCCGUUUCGUCAGAAGAGGACCCAUCUAUGUAAAAGGGAAAGGAGAACUGCUCACUUUCUUUAUGAAGGGCAAAGACAAACCUGUCACAAAGACGACCGCGGUCUCUCUCCCACAUCAAAUACCAGACAAAUCCUGAGAAGACUGAGGAUGAGAAGGACAUUGACAUUUUAUUUUAUGUUAUUUUGGGCCUUUUCCACUUUUUAUUAAUAGAAACAAUGGAAAAGGGACAAAGGGGAGACUCCCCAAUGAGCACUACAGCUCAACAAGUCUGCAGCACAUGCACUACCCA